AUGGAUCAAUGGUGGGCGGGCCGGCGCAUGUUUUUGGUUGUCGACUUCAUUUCCGGCCAACCCAUCUCUGCGACCCGUGGCUUUGCCCUCAUUUCGUUUUGGCCGUUGGCGCCACCUGGUUGGCCAGCAACGGUCUUGUACCUGCGUCGUUCCUGCCUUAGACCGCCUUGCCAGACUGGGGGAGGCGCAGAGCUUCCCGCCGAUUGGCAACGGCCCGCAGACGUCUCACAGUCAGGCCGCCACACUUGGGGGCACGGAUGGAGCGCAAUUUCACCAGCACUCGCUUUUCGCGCCCCCCCGCCUUCUUCUCAUCAUCCGGCCUCGAGCCUGGCCUCGGACACAAACAAGGCUGCUGGAUGCGGCCCUCCAGAAGUUCCUCCCAAGAUGGACGCCCAAUCACCCCCCGGGUUCCCCGUCCCCCCGUCUCCCCCAAUUCUCGAUUGGGAGUUGUGGGUGGCUCGAGGUGCUCAGCUCGAUAUUGCCGUCUCUUGGCCCUCACUCCUCCUCCUCUUUGUCCUCUCUCCCCAUCUCCAGAGCUUAAGCCCGUUUGCUAAACUCCUGAUGCCUGGUUACUGA